AUGAAUGACUUCAGUGAGGAGUACGAUUUCAUGCAAAGAAUUCAUAAAAUUGAUGGACACAGUAAUAAUGAUUACACAUUAAACAAGGAUUUGAUUAAUAAGAAAGACGAAGAAAGACAUUUCGGGAGAGAGAAAUAUGAAAAAGAUUUUUAUUUAAAAAGUAAAUAUGAGAAAUAUAGCAACACUUUAAGUGGUUUUGAGAAAGAUGACAAAUUUUUAUAUUCCAAAAGGUUAAAAAAUGAAAGUGAUAAAGAUAUUAAGAAGCGAGAAAUGAAUUCAAAAAGGAGCAGCAUUAAUGAGUUAGCUAAAGUAAAUGAAGUAGUAUAUUAUAUUCAUGCGAAUAAGAAAAAUGUGUAUGAAUAUAUAACAAAUCAAACAGAUUUAGAGAAUAAUUAUUAUCAAAUAGAAGAGAAGCCACGUCGUCUUACUUGUAAUAUGGUAAGAGAAAAUGAAGAAUAUGUAUACCUAAAUGAUAACGCAUAUUAUAAAUUUAAAAUAAAUAAGGAUGAAAAGGAGGAAGAUGGAAAUAUGAAAAUUAAAUAUACAUUAGAUGAAAAUAAGAAUACUAUAAUUGAAAAUAUGAUAGAAUCAGACAAUAUGUUAAUACACAUGUGUAACACCUUUUUUUCAUUAAAAGAUUGGAUAAAGAACAUUUUUAUGUUUUUAAGUAAAAUAUUUCAUUUUAACUUUUUAGAUUACACAUAUAUAAAAAAUUAUUCAUUAACAAAUUACUUUGAUACAAAUGUAAUUGAUUAUAUGAAAUAUUUAAAAAAGCAUGAAGAUCCAAGGCUGAUUAAUCAUGAUUUUCUAUCAAGAAGAAAAUACAUACCUCCAUAUUUUGUAUAUAAUUGUGUUGACUGUAAUUAUAAUACCAAUGAUAAUGGGAUUAUAAUAUUGUCAUCUAUUUUACCAUUUAUUCAUAGUUUUGAUUAUGAUUACAAAUUAAAAGAAAUUAGAACAAAAGAAGAAGAAUUAUAUCGUAUACUGAAUAAUGAAAAGAGCAGAAAAGGUGUUGGAUUAAUGGGUGGUAGAUUCAUAGAUUCUUGUAGAAGAAUUGGAAACUUUUUCUUUGGUUCAUUUUUUUCAGGAAAUUCUUCAGCAAAUGAUGGAUGUAAUGAAUACUCAGAUGGAGGAGAUGGAAGAAGCAACAACACCAGUGAGUACACUGAAUUUUUAAAAAAAUUUGAAAAUAGUAUAAACGAAGAAGGGGAAUUAAUUCAAGAUAUCCUUUUUUCAGGAAAAGCACAAAUGAUAUUCAUAAAUUUUAAGCAGUUAGAAAAGAAUAUGAACAAUGUGAUUGGUAAUAUAGAAAUAAAAAAUGAGAGAGUACAAGUUAGUAGUUUAAUUUUGGGAUAUGAAAAAAAGGAGCACAUAAAAUAUACAGAUAUAUUGAUAUCAAAUAUAUUGAAAAAUAUUAAAAAGAAAUAUCCAGAUAUAGUCAUUAAUGAUGAAAAUCCGAGACAAUUUAUAUACGAUGAAAAUGAAUUUUCAGAAAAGUAUGCACGAGAAAGAGAAGAAAAUAAGCAUGAAUAUAGUCCUGUGAGGAACAAAGAAGACGCAACAACAGUUUCCGAUAGUGUAGAUAUGCACAGGAAGGAGUUAUACAAAUUGUCUGAUGUAAAGGAGUACGUAUAUAAUUCUCCAUCACAUUUAUUGAAGGACAAAAAGAAUAAUUGUGAAUAUGUGACAUGUGUAUGUUUUGAUAAUAAUUCAAAUAAUUGUAACUUGAUAAACAAUUUUGUUCUUGGAUAUAAUACGGGAAAAAUUGAAUAUAUAUAUGGAAAGAUUGUAUACAGUAAUAUUAGUCAUUGUGAUUUGUUAAUAGAUUAUUAUUCAAAAAAGAAUAAAAAAUUUUCUUACGAAUUAAGCAAAAGAGUAUUUUUAAAUGGUGCAGUGAUUAAAGUUGCAUUUGCACCGAACGGUUUUUUUUGUUUAGUAUUAACAAGUAAAACGUUAUAUAUUUGCAAUUUUUUUUAUUUUUCUAUUUAUGAGAUUACAAAUAAUUGUUACAAUUCUCAAUUUGUGAAUUUUUUGUGGAUAAAUAACAAUUGCUAUUCAGUAUUCAAUGAUAAUGGGAAUGUGUACAUUUAUGAGAAGAGUUUAAAAAAUGAUAGCCUCAACAGCUUUUCAUUAAUCAAAACAUUUUCCAUAGAUCAGGCUAUUUAUUUUAAUUCCAUUUGUGAAUAUCAUUUGUAUAGUAAUUGUAUUUAUUUGUAUACUGGAGAAAUAGAAAAAAAGAGAAGGAAGAAAAACGUAAGUCAUUUGUUUAAGAAGAAAAAAAAGAAAAAAAAUAAACAUAUAAGUGAUGAUUACUUUUACAAAUAUGAUUGUAAUUUUAUCAUUAUCGAUUUAAGUUCAGAUGUGUAUAAAAGUGUGGAUAAUGAUUAUGAUGGAGGUGGAGGUAGAAGAGGAGGAGGAGGGUCAAAAACUGAUGAUAACAUGAUUGGUGGUAUGAAUCUUCUAAAAGACAACAUGUCAGAUUUAGAAAAUAACAUGAAACAAAUAAAAAUAUUGGAAAGAUUAAUUGAGAAUGGAAAUAAUUUAGAAGAGGAUGAUGUGAAUCUUGAAAAUAUGUUACAUAUUAACAUAAAAGAUUUUAAUAAUUACAUUUCAACUAUUAAAGAUGUGAAUAAUAAUUUAUAUGGUACAGAAAGUGGAGAAGAAAAUAAUAUGAUAGGAAAUGAUAAUACAAAUGGAGAGUUUUCUAUGAAAAAGUUGCUUGUGAAUUACAUAAAAGAUGUAAAAAAACAUUUAUAUAAUUUAAAGAAUGAAAGUAUUAUUAAUAUUUUAUUACCUAGAUAUUACAGCUCAAGUGAUGAUUAUAGUCAUAAGAAUUUUUUAAAUGUUCGCUUUUUUACCAUAGAAAAGUCUGAUAAUAAGCAUCUUAUAGCACUAGACACAGAAACAGAUAAUGUGUAUAUUUACAAAAUUAGAAAAAAUGUAUAUCUAGAUGAUGAUGCUUUAGAAAUGUUAAAAAACAGUCCUUACAAUAUGAACAACAAUUCGUUAUAUAUGUUUUACUCGAAUUAUAUGAAAAAUGAAUCUGUACUAAAAGAGGAAUGGAAAAUAUAUAAUGAUUAUAUAUAUGUGAAUACGAAAAAAUUGAAUAAGUAUAUUAAAUAUAAUCUUCUUUACAUAAUUAAGAAUCAUAAAAAAUUGUUUUUCCCACUACAUGUAUAUGUAAUAAAUGCCAAGUUUAAUGAAAAUGAAUAUUUCUUAUUUAUAAAAUGGGCAACGAUCAAAAAUUCGUUUAUAUAUUCCUCUUAUAGUUCUCUAAAUAGAGUUACAAAAAUGAAAGAAUAUUUCAGGAAAGAUGAUGAAAAAUUACUUAAAGUGUUGGAAAAUCCUAAAAACAUAUUUUUAUACAAUAUUAAUGAUAACAGUAAUGAUUAUCCACAUUUGCAUAAACAAAAUAUAUUUAAUAAUCAUCCGCUAAGAGGAAGAGAUAAAUUCACGGGAAAAGAAUAUCUAGGAAGAAAUUUAAAUAACCCUUUGUUAUAUAACAAAAGUAAGAUAAAUGAGCACAGAGAACAUUUUGCAAGUCCUAUGAAAGGAUACAAUAAUUACAUGAACAAUAAUGAUGAUUAUUUAAACAAAACUCCUAUGAAAAAUGUAAGAAAUUUUUAUACUUCUCCCAUUGAUAAUAUGAAUUUAAAUAAUGGUGGUAUUAACAACACCACACCUUAUUAUUUUAAGGGGAAUCAAAAAUAUAGUGAGAAUGAUAUGUACAACGAUUAUUAUAUGAACAGUAAUAUGAUGAAAGAUCAAAAUUAUGCCAAUUAUGGUGAUUAUUUAAAUGAAAAUAAUAAGAAGCAAAAUGAAUCUGAUAAAAAAUGGUCUUACCUAAAGAAAAUAAACAUUUUUAACCGAAAGGACGAUGAUAUGAAUGAUAAUACUUAUGGGAACACAAGAAAUGAAUACAACAAUCAUGUAGAUUCGAGACGUAUGCAAAAUAAAAGUGGACAUAUGUUCAAUUUGGAAAAUGAUCAACAUAUUUUAAAUGAUAUGAAAAACCCCAAUUUUUACCCAUCUCCAGAACGGAUGAGAUACAAUAGAUUAUAUGAUCGAACGGAGAGUUCCAAAUUAAUGAAUGAUGAAUAUGAUAAUUUAAAUGAUUAUUAUUACACUCAUAACACGAAUAGAUACCAUUCAAGUAAUAUCGGUAGUAAUAAUUAUGAUUCUUAUGUGUUAAAAAAUGAUUUGCAUAGCUAUAGAAAUAUGAGUAUGGAUUUAAAUGCAAAUAGUACUAAUCAUAAUAAAAAUAAUAAUAUGUACAUGCACAAUGACAUGUAUCGGGAAUCAUCAGAUGCUAAUCACUUUGCAAGUGACACAGAAAAUAAAACACCGAAUGCAAAAUUGGGGAAUUUUUUUAGCAACAGAGAUGUUAAUGAUAUGAAUCCAAUGUAUAAUGAAAACGACUACAGGAACAACAGGUAUAAAAAUUUCAACCCAAACGAUCGUUAUUCUAGUAAUAUUCGAAAGUAUAUGUAA